UAUUUGGUGUCUAUAUAUAGAGGUUAGAGUUGUUAUCGGCGGCACGGAUCAGCUGUCCUUCUCCCAAAUCGAAUAGAUUUCUUCUCCUGCCUUUCCCUUUCCGAGUCUUUCCUUCUCUUCUCUCUUCGCUUAUUUUCCAACUCAAGACCGAGGGUUUGGAUUGGAUUUGAGGAGUCCUUCUUUGUUUGUGUCUUGCGCUAGAUCUUGGGCGUAUUAAAGGGGGAGGGCAGGUGAUCGAGGUGCUGUGGGAACUUGGAAGGGUUUAUUGUCUAAGGCGAAGGGAAGGGGGAGAGGGUGGCGCGGUUACGAGGGUCCGACUCGGCGAGGGAGUGGUGGGUUCCCUGACGUCUCUCGGCGGCGUCGUUUGGAGGUGGAGAAAGCGGCGCGCAAAGGAGUCUGGCUUCGCUGGUUUCGGUGGAAUCAUGUCGCAGAACAACUGGGAAGCUGAUAAGAUGCUGGAUGUGUAUAUUUAUGAUUAUUUCGUGAAGAGGAAUUUGCAUGCAUCCGCAAAGGCAUUUCAAGCGGAGGCGAAGGUAUCUUCAGAUCCUGUUGCAAUUGAUGCUCCGGGUGGAUUUCUCUUUGAAUGGUGGUCGGUGUUUUGGGAUAUCUUUAUUGCAAGAACGAACGAAAAGCACUCCGAUGUUGCUGCAUCAUACAUCGAGACUCAACUAAUUAAAGCUCGAGAACAGCAGCAGCAGCAGCAGCCACAGCAGCAGCAGCAGCAGCAGCAGCAGCAGCAGCAUCAGCAGCAGCAGCAGCAACAGCAUCAGAUUCAAAUGCAACAACUUCUGUUACAGAGGCAGCAGCAGCAUCAGCCUCAGUUGCAGCAGCAGCAGCAGCAUCAGUCUCAGGUGCAGCAGCAGCAGCAGCAGCAACAACAACAGCAACAGCAUCAACAACAACAACAUCAACAGCAGCGUAGAGAUGGGACCCAUCUUCUAAAUGGGACGCCUAAUGGUCUAGUUGCGAGUGAUCCUUUAAUGCGACAGAACCCUGCAACUGCAAAUGCCUUAGCAACAAAGAUGUAUGAGGAGCGAUUGAAGUUGCCCCCUCAAAGGGAUUCUUUGGAUGAGUCAUCUAUCAAGAGAUUUGGGGAUAAUGUUGGCCAGCUGUUGGAUCCAAACCAUGCUACAAUGCUAAAGUCGGCUGCAAGUUCAGGCCAGCCAUCAGGGCAAGUUUUGCAUGGUUCGGCUAGUGGUGUUGCGGGCCCUUUUCAACAAGUUCAGGGUAGGAACCCACAACUUCCUGGAUCAACACAGGUGCAUCUCUGUAAAAAUAAUGUUGGUGAUUUCAUUCUUCCUUUUUGUGGCGUGACUAAGACUAUGCAACAGGACAUCAAGACUGAAAUGAAUCAAGUGUUGACUCCCAGAGGUGCAGGUUCUGAUGGAUCAUUAAUUGGAGUGCCAGGACCAAAUCAGGGUGGGAGCAAUUUGACUUUGAAAGGAUGGCCUCUCACAGGCUUUGAUCAACUUCGCUCUGGAAUUCUACAACAGAAGUCAUUAAUGCAGUCUCCGCAACCUUUACACCAACUUCAACUUCUGACUCCACAACAACAGGCACUAUUGCUUCAGGCGCAGCAGAAUUUAACGUCCCCAUCUCCAUCAGCUGGAGAUAUUGACAGCAGAAGGCUUAGAAUGUUCCUGAACAACAGAAAUUUAGUUCUUGGGAAGGAUGGCCCGACAAACUCUGCUGGUGAUGUCAUUCCAAAUAUUGGAUCUCCGAUGCAAACUUGUCCGGGCUUGCCACGUGCUGAUACAGAUAUGUUAAUCAAGAAGAUAGCUCAGUUGCAACAACAGCAGCAACAAAAUAGCAGCCAGCAAACACAGCAGCAGCUUCCGCAGCUUGCCAUAUCUAGUCAACAAUCGCAGAGUUCAACUCACCAUCUUCACCAACAAGAUAAAAUGGGUGCUUCAAGUGGGACAAUGGAUGGAAAUAUGUCAAACUCCUUUCGAGGAGCUGAUCAGGUAUCAAAAAAUCAGAAUGGACGCAAGCGAAAACAACCUGUAUCAUCCUCCGGUCCGGCCAACAGUUCAGGAACUGCAAACACCGCAGGCCCCUCUCCAAGCUCGGCACCCUCAACGCCGUCGACGCAUACUCCAGGAGAUGUGAUUUCAAUGCCAUCGUUGCAACAUAGUGCUGGCUCAUCUAAACCUUUGAUGGUGUUUGGUUCUGAUGGCACUGGAACUUUAACAUCACCAUCAAACCAGCUGGCUGAUAUAGACCGAUUUGUUGAGGAUGCUUCACUGGAAGACAAUGUCGAGUCAUUUUUGUCUCAUGAUGACCCGGAUCCAAGAGAUACAGUAGGUCAUUGUAUGGAUGUUGGCGAAGGUUUUACAUUUACUGAGAUUUUAUCUACUCGGGCAAGUACAAGUAAGGUUGUUUGCUGCCACUUCUCAUCUGAUGGGAAGCUGCUUGCUAGUGGGGGCCAUGAUAAAAAGGUAGUUUUGUGGCAUGCUGAGAACUUAAAACCGAAAUCUACAUUGGAAGAACACUCCCUGCUCAUUACUGAUGUUAAAUUUAGCCCAAGCAUGCCUCGUCUGGCUACCUCUUCUUUUGACAAGACUGUGAGGGUAUGGGAUGCUGAUAAUCCGGGCUAUUCAAUUCGUACUUUUACUGGUCAUUCUGCAUCUGUCAUGUCUCUGGAUUUCCACCCAAAUAAAGAUGAUCUCAUAUGCUCUUGUGAUGGGGACGGAGAGAUACGCUACUGGAGCAUCAAUAAUGGCAGCUGUGUAAGAGUUUUCAAGGGUGGCACAACUCAAAUGAGAUUUCAACCCCGUCUUGGCCGGUAUCUUGCAGCAGCUGCUGAGAAUGUUGUAUCCAUACUAGAUGUUGAGACUCAGGCAUGCCUUCAUUCAUUGGAGGGACACACCAAACAUGUUGAUUCUGUGUGCUGGGAUCCUACUGGUGAGUUGGUGGUUUCUGUUAGUGAAGACUCGGUCAGGGUAUGGUCUCUUGGUUCGGCAAAUGAAGGUGAAUGUGUGCAUGAAUUGAGCUGUAAUGGGAACAAGUUCCAUUCAUGCGUUUUCCAUCCCACGUAUCCACCUCUGCUGGUCAUUGGAUGUUAUCAGUCUCUGGAACUGUGGGAUAUGCACGAGAACAAGACCAUGACUCUUCCAGCUCAUGAAGGUCUGAUUGCGGCCUUAGCAGCGUCAUAUGAGAACGGAUUGGUAGCUUCUGCAAGUCACGACAAGCUUGUUAAACUGUGGAAGUGAAUUCUGCUUCCAAGCAACUUCGCAUCUGCUGUUUGCCCGGGGAGGCUAGCUCUGAUCUAGCUAGGGUAAAGUAGGGCUGCUACGCCUCUUUGUUUCUCCGCCAACGUCUGACGUCAUAGGUACUCCUUUUGUUCUGGAAUAGAUACUAACCAAGUUUUUGUUGUUGCCAUUGCCCGCCGUUGCUGCGGCUGUCAUUUUAACUUUACCCAGUAUACUCUCUUUUUGUUAACUGGUGGAUGUGGUGUUGAAUUAUAGUUUUGUA